GGCUACGUGCGGGCCGGGCACCGCCGGUGGGGCGCGCUGGUGCUGGCGCUGCUGGCGCUGUCCUCGCUGGCCGCGCAGCUCUUCAGCUGGGCCUGGCACCGGGCGGACCCGCCCGCGCUGCGGCAGCGCCUGGCCCCCGGCGCCUGCCUGGCGCUGCUGCACCUCCUGCAGCUCGGCUACCUGUACAGGUGUCUGCAUGCACUGAAAGUCGGUUGGCAAGUGCGCAAGCCAGGUGCUACGGAGGAGGACAAAGCCUACGCCUUAUUCUUGUCCCAUGACAUCAGUAUGCUGCGCCUCUUCAAAACCUUCCUGGAGGCUGCCCCCCAGCUCACAUUUGUGCUCUACGUCAUUCUACAAACAAACAAGAUAGAGCUUUUCCAAGGGUUUGGGAUUUGCACCGCCUUCCUGUGUGUGGCAUGGUCCCUGCUGGAUUAUCACCAGUCCCUGCGAUGCUUCCUGCGGGAGAAACACAGACUGGGCCUGCUCUCCUCCUUUGUCUAUUUCACGUGGAACUUCUUCCUCAUCUGUCCCCGCAUCCUCUCGGUUGCCCUCUUCGCCACGCUCUUCCCACACUUCAUUGCCCUGCACGUCCUGAGUGUUUGGGCUGUGAUGGUUCUCUGGGUCUGGCUGCAAAAUACGAACUUCAUGGACCCCCCUGGCUUGGAGUGGUUUUACAGGGCAACUGUGGGUGUGAUACUGUAUUUCUGCUGGUUUAACGUGGCUAAAGGGAGGACAAUACACCGCAGUGUUAUCUAUCACAUCUUCAUCCUGGUGGACUGUGUACUGCUUGUUGCGUUCUGGGCUUGGUACAAUUCCCCUUUGGGUGAGCAUUUGUACCUGUGCUACGUGCUUCCUGCUGCCCUAGCCUGUUAUUUUCUUGGGCUUCUGCUGAAAGUCAUCUACUACAAAUACUUGCAUCCCACCGUACAGAGCCAGUACGAUGAAGUGGACACUGGUGAAAGUGUCAGCACUGUCGAGUUCCGACAUGGCCGAGCACCUGCCGCUGUGAACGAACGGAUGUACCAACUGGUGCAGAGCCACUUUGCAGCGUCUUCGUUGGCUGGGCAAAGCUUGGCAAAUGGAGUGGAGGCGGAUGUUUAACUUUGAUCCAGUUGUCCCUGCUCCACUGGAGAUUUCUGCCUUGGGAGUCUACUUUAAAUGUGUAGGGGAGACCCUAUUCCAGGUCUUGCUCCAGCCAGUUCCUUCUCAGCUUCACGUGCUAUUUUUCCAAGGGAACUGGCACAAAGCUGGGAGGGGUGGUAGCUGUGUUGAGGGAUUUGCCACAGCUGGGCUUGCAAAAAGGCCACAUCCUGCUCCAAGUUGGUACUCUGCCAGGGACAGAUAUUUAAAACAGCUAUAAAGUAUGCUGUGCUGUUGAACCUGAAUGGCCCACUGGUGGAUAUGAGAGGCAGUGAGCAAGUUAAAAUCUUUAUUGUUAUUUGUUAGACAGUUCUCAAGUUCCUCCUCAGACCCACAGUAGGGAACUCUUCUGGGCCAUUUUAUUUAGGCAGCAUGCUAGCCUCAUGGCCUCACUUUGCAGGUUGUCCCCUCCACCUCCCAUUUCCUCACCAGCCUCCCCUUUAUCCGAGCAGUGGUAACUGGGUUGACUUUUUCUUCUUGGCAGGACAUGGACAGGAACUGUUGGAUUUCCCAUUUGCAUUUGGGUUUCCCACUCUGUCAUUUUGCCAGGGGAGGGUUGGGCUCAUGUGCCAAAUAUCUUGGCCUCAGUUGUGAGGGUUAUUUGAUUUGUGCUUGUACUGUACCACAUUAGAUCUAACUAAAUAUGUCAUGGUAACAGAAUGCACUAUCCCAUAAGCACAGUGUGGAGAAGUGGAUGAAUUCAAACCAUGUCCCACCUUGUUGACUUGUGCCGAUUUACUACACUACCUGGUGGCCUUCAAGUUCAUCACAAUGGUGAUGAUAUCACCUUAAGAUGGUUGAAGCAAUAUGCCACAACUACAUAUGCUAAAUAAAUAAAUUAAUGUGGAGUGAA